UUCUAAUGUACACAGCAAUUGAUCUAGCAAUAUCCACAAGGUGCAAACCUUGAUUUUGAACAAAUUGGGAUUACAAUAUCACAUACAAUGUUUCCUCUGCAUGAAAACACUUCAACUCACUUCAACUUCACUAUGAACAUCAUUGCCAAAUCCAGGGCAUCAGACCUGCCAAUAACAAACCCUGCCAUUGACUGUUGGUGUUUUUUUUUAUAGCUUUGCCCUUGCAUCAAAUAAGUUUGAAAAUGUAAUCCCGAUGGGAGAGGACAGUGCUGUGUAACAUAAAACUAAGUGGCGUGAAGUGUUGUGGUGGUAUUACACUCAAAAUGGUGCUUUGGGACUGAAGACGAGCGGGCUGAGGUGUCCCCUUGGAGGCCCUCUGCUGAGGAUGUUUACACCUCACUUAGUGUGUUGUGUUCAAUUAGUAUCAAUGCUUCCCUUUAUAAUGGAACUCGCCCAACCCUACAUUGGUGCUUUCACUUGAGCUGUAUUUGUUAAUUUUGUCAACCAUUAAAUUCCGUAGUCCUCCAGGUUCCUGUAUUCCAAAUAAGGUGGAUUGUUUCUGAUGCAUUUCUGGUAGGGCUGAAACUUAACCAUGACCCCUACUGUAACCAUUUGACUUAAACUUUGGGGGGGGGGGGGGUGUUCCACAGAUCCCGGAUAACGAAAGACCAAUGCGUUUCUGCUUUCAUCCAUGUUGGGAGUCAGCAGUGGAUGCAUGUAAAGAGCUGCUACAGGCAACUAAAGAGUUAUUUAUUGACAAAUGGCAUGAAAUAAAUGAAUUUCUCUGCUUCAGUUUGGGGGCUUGAGCCGGGAGUGGGUGAGACGCAGGGUAGCUUACUGAUGGAUGCUGCCGCUUGUCAUUGCACAGCACUACCUUGAGCGGCGAUGGGGGAAAAUAACAGUCCGCGGGAUACUGACAGAUGCUCAACCUCUUCUGCCACCAUCGGGUCCUCUGGCAUCACACCUAUGAGAGCACAAGAACUUUUGUUUCCUUAAUUUUUCUCCCAUUUACAAAUGGAUUUAUAUGGUUACCUGUAUGCAACAGCGGUUAAAUGUUACAUUAAUAUUCACAUGUAAUUUUGUCUUAGCAACUCUAAAUUAUCUCUGUUCAUUUUGCAAACUAAACCAUCCAAUCAGAUGGCUCUUUGUGUUGAGUAGUGGUAAACAUUUUCUCUGUCUGGGUGGGCAAAUGACCUUUUUGUCAAAUGACCAAGAAAUGCAUUUAAAGUAAAUAUUUGACCUAGAAACAGAUUAGCAUAUGGACUAAGCUGUUUGUAUUUUGUUACUGUUCCAUCUCUGCUGGUAGCAAUUUGCCAUGUCUUCAUAUAUGACAGUAUGAAUCAAGGUUCAGUGAAAUGAUACAAAGCUCAAUGCAUAACAAACUCUCCACACUGCUUACAUUUCAACUUCUGCUACAGUAAUGCCCCUAUCUAUUAAUACAAGUUGUAUUAGUCAUAUGUAUGGGAUACGCAUUGUAUAUAUCAUCCAAAGAAAAGCUUACUUGCAGUUUCCUUCUCAACAAUGCAACAAUAACAAAUAAAAGAUAGCAAUACGAAUUUAUGCAGUGGCUGCUGAGGGGAGGACGACUCAUAAUAAUGGUUGGAAUAGAGCCAAUGGAAUGUCAUCAAACACAUGUAAACUGUGUGUUUGAUGUAUUUUAUACCAUUCCACUUCUUUAGCUCCAUCCAUUACCACUAGCCCGUCCUCCCCAAUUAAGGUGCCACUAAUCUCCUGUGGAACAUAAUGUACAUAGAAUAAAAAGUUUUAGCGUAAGUAUUUAAUACAUGCUGUAGUUGUAGCCUGUCUCUUCUGUUCCUGACAGCCCUCCACAAGAUCGACCAGGUCUACCUGUCAUACUGAAGCUGUCAAGAAGACUACUGCCAAAUUCCCAAGUGAAAGCUAUAACUGAAGCUUCUUAAAUUAGACUCAAGCUCAUGCUUUGCAAGUGACACACUGGUAUUCAUGGAAGCUAAGGGCACAUCACAUUCCAGACAACUGAUUUCCCACCUCGACACUUUUGAAAAUAUUUCCCAGAGUCACAGAUACCCUGCUGUAUCAAUGAGCGUUGGCUGCUCGUAGAGAUGAUUUGAGAGGGUAAUCAAAAUAAGGGAAGCCCAAGGUAGAGAGAGGCACAUUUGAUAUGCAGGAAGUGGGAGCGCCAUCUCAUGGUGAUUAGUUGGGGCAGUUCCAUGGCUAGAUUUAUGGCACGCAGCUGUUGAACGCCUGACAGACAUCCGAGGCAAGGGAUCCACUGCUGCUACCCCUUUUACUGCUGCUUCAGAAGAGCUCUGUUUGCUACUGGAGAGGGAGCUCGUUGUCUCAGCACACAAAGCAGAUGGUGAGGGAGCAGUAUGUCAACACCACCCAGGACAGCAGUGUCCCUGCCCCGGUCCCUGACUCCAUCUAUAAGAUCGGGAUCUACGGUUGGAGGAAGCGCUGCCUCUACCUGUUUGUCCUGCUGCUCAUUAUCAUCCUCACUGUGAACUUUUCCCUUACCAUAUGGAUCCUCAGGGUCAUGUGGUUUAACACGGAAGGGAUGGGACACCUAAAAGUAACAUCAGACGGAGUGAGGCUUGAGGACGGCGAGUCAGAGUUCCUCUUUCCUCUCUACGCCCAAGAGAUCCACUCCAGAGAGGACUCCUCUCUCUUGGUGAACUCGUCUGAAAACGUCACCCUCAAUGCCCGCAAUGAAAAUAAUGAUGUCACAGGAAGUCUCUCUGUAGGUCCAGAUGUGGCCCAGGGAAAUGCACAGAACUUUGUCAUCAGCUCCAACACCAAGACGCUGUUUUCUGCAGAUGACAAAGAGGUGGUUGUUGGGACAGACAAGCUCCGUGUCACAGGUCUAGAAGGUGCCCUGUUUGAACACUCUGUAGAGACGCCCCUGCUCAAAGCUGAGCCCUUCAAAGACUUGAGGCUGGAGUCUCCAACCCGCUCUCUCAGCAUGGAUGCACCAAAGGGAGUCUUUGUCAAAGCACUGGCCGGGAACAUCGAGGCUGCAUCUAACAUGGAUUUUCUAUUGCACUCCAGUGAAGGACUGGUGAUUCUGGAUGCCGAGACGGUACGUCUGCCUAAUCUCCCCCUGGGACAAGGAGGUGUGUCUGGAAACGCUCAGGGACUCUACGAAGUGUGUGUUUGUCCCAGCGGAAAGCUGUUCCUGUCCAAGGCCGGGGUCACCUCCACGUGCAGCGAAAGCCAAGAGUGCUAGUGAGCGUCUUUGGCAUCAGAUUAUACCCUGGUGAAUGAAAAUGCCUUUAUAUUGGGUACUCUGAAACACUUUUAUAUGAAUCCUCAAAAAGGCAAAACAAACAACCACAACUUUUCAUAUCUGAACAAAACUGCCAGUUAAACUGCAGACAUAUCCUCCGAAGUAAUUAAUUCAUGGUGCAUGGUUAAAUUUAAGACCAUUUUACUAUGUAACUGAAACAGUGACAUGACAACUUUAUACCACAAUAAGUAGUAUAGUUGUUGAUACCAUCUUAUGUUUACACUGAGUUGAGAUUGUUUUAUAAUUAUGGUAUUAUGGCUGGGCAAUAAGGAGCUGGUUAACAGAUUACAUCCUAUGCAAUAUGUUUUUUUUAAUAUGCAAUAAUAUAGGACUUUGUGUGGGCCCAGUUUCCUGGACCCAGAUGAAGCCUUGUCUGCAAUGGAGAAUCUCCCAUUGAAAGUGAUUUUUAGUGUAGGCUUAAUCUGGGGCUGGGAAACCGGCUCUUAGUGUAUUAAUAUGUUGUGCAUAUAAGCAGAAAAGCAUUAUAUGAUCUAGUCUGUAGAUGAGCUGAGUAUACCAAACAUUACGAACACCUUCCUAAUAUUUUUGAUACACACAGGAAACUGUUGAGUGUGAAAAACCCAGCAGUGUUGCAGUACUUGAAACGAACCAGUGCACCUGGCACCUACUACCAUACCCCGUUCAAAGGCACUUUUAAUUAUGUUGUCUUGCCUAUUGACCCUCUGAAUGGCACACAUACACAAUCCAUUCUCAAUUGUCUCAAAGCUUAAAAAUCCUUCUUUAACCUUUCUCCCCCCUUCAUCUACACUGAUUUAAAGUGGAUUUGACAUCAAUAAGAGGUCAAUAGCUUUCCUCUGGAUUCACCUGGUCAGUUUGUCAUGAAAAGAGCAAGUGUUCUUAUUGUUUUGUAUACUAAGUGUAUAAUAUAGUUAGUACAAAUACAACCUAGUUAUUGUCUAAGAAAUAGAGUAGAAAAUAGAGGUACAGUUGAAUGUGUUUGUGUUACACAUUCAUUAUGCCACAUUGAGCAAUGAUACAUCUGAUCCUGUUGCUCGAGAUUUGAAAAGUUACUGUUUUCCCAUGUACUUAAUUUCAUCUCACAGUUCACCAGCUGCCACUGUUUUUUUUUUCUUUUUCAUUUAUGCAUUUACUGUGUGAAAUGUUUUUAUAUUGAGGUUUAGAGUAUAGUCAAACUAAUCAGUAUUAUAAGUAAUAACUUUGUAAUAAUGGGAAAUUAAAGGGAUAGUGCGACAUUUUGGCAACUUUUUCUACUUACCCAGUCAGAUGCACUCAUGGAUACGAUUUGGAUGUCUCUGCUGCAGUUUGAAGGAAGUUGAAGGUACUUUCUGGAGCCAUUGCUAACGAGUGCAAUGACGAAGUGUACAGGAACAGCAAGCAUGCAUUUUCAGCACUCUCAAAUGUUCUAUAUUUUGUUUAUCAAUACAUCCAUGUGUUCUGUCUUGGUAUAGGCUCUGAAAUUAAAUAGGCUAUGUCGCACUCCUAAUACUAUUGCACUGCAAUACUGUCACAUACUAUCAAGGCUACCGGUCUAUUUACUUUCCAGCAUGCUUGGCUAUUUAAAUAGCGAUUGAUAAAUGUAAGCUUACUAUUUGUUGCAUAGCGAGAAUAAUUGAAAUCAGUUAUGUCAGAAAAGGAGACAUCCUGCAAUAUGAUUAUGAUUUAGGCCUAUAUAAUAAAAGUCAAAUAAAUAUUAAACAGCAUGUUGUGAUCUCCUUACCAAUGGCAAAUACAACAAACAAAAACAAAAUGUUUUAUCAUUAGGCCUACAUUUGAAUGUUUAUUUCCCUACCAUCAUUAUAAUUCCUGUGCAUCAAACACCUCCCAUUUUCCCCAAACAAACAAUAAGCCUAUUUGCAAUACAGUUGAUCAACCUUCGAAGAGUUGUGCACACACAUGAUUUGCGUGGAGAUAUGCACACUUUUCUGUCAUGUUCACAAUUGAUAAAUACCAACCUUUGCAGAAAAAGUGGCAUAUGCAAGGUUUAGAGUGUUUUUUUUCGGUGCACACACACCUUUGAUAAAUGAGGCCCCUGUAGCCUGUGUGUUCUACUACUUUUGGGAAUAUUUAUUGUACAUUUAGAUUUUAGCAAAAAUGUUAGCUUGUUAGUUAUGUCACCACUUUGACUCUGACAUAGAUUCUAAUGCAUUACUGUUCACUGUUAACCCAUGUUUUAUGUGCGUUUGCUUGUACUUGUACAGCACGGUAUGAAAGUUAAUAUUGUGAAGUUGACGAUGUUUUGAUGAAUUGUGGAAUGUGUGCCAGGUUUUGUAUGUUUGAAAAAAACAUUUGUGCUAUUCUUGUAAAAAGCUACUGUCUUUAACAGAAUAAAAUGUAUACCAUUGUUUGAAAUGA